UAUGUGGUCGUUUGGCCACAAUGUCUUUGCACUUGAUUUGUUACCGAUGCACACAACAUGGUCAUCCUUUGUGUUCUUUGUCAAAUUUCAGAAUCAAUAAAGUGCUUACACCACUGGCCACUCGUAUUAAUUUCUCUGUCACACAUGCGCGUUCACACACACACAUGCUUAGUCAUUUUAUUUCUUACUGUCUCUCACUCACAAAGUCACCAAAGCGUAUAUUCAAGUUAUGUAUCCCGCUGCACUGAACACUAAUACAGGAUGUUCAAUAUAACACUGUCUGCUUUUACUGUUAUGUAUGCAGUGUGUACUGGAUUCUACAUCAUCGGGGAUAAUCGUUCCAUACAUUACAAUCUAAUUUUAUCAACAAAUCGAAGUGGUACAUAAGAAAUGUCCCUUGACCUACAAACGAAAACGUCACAUUGAAACAUGAACUGAACUUUAGACGGCGCUAAAGAGCCUGACGUGUGAAUGCUCGCCCGCCGCAUGGAAGAAGAAGAAAACCGAAGAGGAUGAAGCACCAACUGACAACGCAUGACUCACUGGCGACGCCGGAGAACACCUCGCUCUCAUUCUUCGGCACGCUUGUUCUUUCUAACAUUUUGUCAUUCAAGUCAGCAGAAAAAAAGAGAGGAUUAACCACCAACAUGGACGUCGAUUUCUGAACAUAAUGACUUCAUGACUUUCCUCAACUCGUUAGCUUCCUAGUUUAGCUCUCUAGCACAAAACAGCGACGCGAUGGGUCGAAGACGAAAUCCCUACCAAGACGGACCGCCACCUCCGGGCUGUUGGCCGUCGCCCAGAGAAUGGGGCCCCUCUCCUCCAGGAGGCUGGGGCCCGCCGCCGCAUGGAGGCUGGGGCCCGCUGCCGCCCCCAGGCUGGGGCCCUCCGCCUCCGGGAGGAUGCGGCCCCCCGACGCCAGCCAGUUGCGGCCCACGACCACCUGGGGGCUGGUGCCCGCCAGACCCACCUCCUCCCGAAGGCUGGGGCCCGCCCCCUCCCGAGGGCUGGGGCCCGCCCCCUCCCGAGGGCUGGCGCCCGCCCCCUCCCGAGGGCUGGCGCCCGCCCCCUCCCGAGGGCUGGCGCCCGCCCCCUCCCGAGGGCUGGGGCCCGCCCCGCUUACACCCUCCUGAGGGCUGCGGCCCUCCCGGCCUGCCCCCUCCUGAGGGCUGGGGUUCCACUCCUCUGGGAAGCUGGGGGCUCCCUCCUCCUGGAGGCUGGGGUCCGCCCCCUCCUGGAGGUUGGGGCCCACCCCCGCCGGAUGAAUGGAACACUGGCCGACCCCCGUCACCAGGCUGGGGUCCUCAUCCGAUUCCUCCCCCUCACUGGGACCCCGACACGCCUCUUCCGGGCUGGGACCCGUAUGGCCCGGCGCACACUCCCUGCCUGCCUCUGCUUCCGGAUGUGGGUAAAGCGGGGCCCCCUCAGGGCUGCAUCCCUCCAUUUGGCUUCCCCGGACCGCCUCCCCAAGACUGGAUGCCCGUGCAGGGAGCGGCAAGCGAUCCGUCGCCGGAGCAGCCCCAGUGGAUUAAAGCGUUGAUUUCAGCCCCACCCACGGACGGUGCCACGGCUGAAAGUAAGCCGGUGCCUGACGAGCUUGCUGCCGUCCCGGAAACAGCGCUCGCCUCCAAAACUGCAUCUGCCGACUCCGCCCUGGCAGCAGAAGCCGGCGGGACAGCCAAAGUCUUGGGACUGUUGGGAAAUCGAUCAUUUGACAAGCCUCCGGCGGGCAGAUCGACAGGCAUCAUCUCAUUCAUCGGGCCCACAUUUGGCCACAUCGAGCGAGAAGACAUGGAAAAGUUCACCUUUGACUUUGGCGUCUUCUUCGGGAACCCCAAAGCCAUGAAGCCUGGCGUGCGAGUGCAUUUCACCGCCUGUAUCUUGAAGAACGCCCAGAUCGCCACGGAUGUGAAAGUGGCACCUGGGGGCACGGAGAACGUGGACCAGGACAUCUACGAAGGUGUGGUCAGCCAGCCCAUCGUGGAGGCACAGGCCGGCGAGCGGCAGUUACCCGGCCAGGUGCAUGUGGACAUUGUGCCGGUGAGGCUCAACCUGCCCUUCGACAGGAAGGACAGCACCGUCACUUUGCUAAAGAACGAUCAAGUUCUCAUCAACUUGCUGAGUGACAUAGUCACCGAAAAGAGGCGCGCCACCAACAUCCGACCCAAGAUCCCUGAAACCUUCCGGUUUACAGCGGAGACCCGUGAAACGGGCACCAUCGUCAGCGUGGGUGACACCGAAGGCGUGAUCAAGUCGAAUGCGCAUGGCGAGCUUCCCUUUGACCUCAAGGAGAACUUUAGCGAGGUGGACUUUACCGCCGAAGACGUGGACGAACAAGUGGAGUUCACACUCCACAAGCUGCGAGCGGGCCAGCGGGCAAUUCGGAUCCAGCGGGUGAAGGAGCCUCUCCUGCUGACCCUCUGCAGCUCCACCUCAAAGACGGCGCUGUCAGCAAAGGUCAAGCUGCUGCCGGCCAAUAUGUGGCUGGACCCCGAACUGUACGAGGGCGUGGUCAGCCAGCCAAUCAUCAAGGCCACGGCUGCUAAGCAAGGCUACCCGGGGCAGAUCUUUGCCAACAUCGGACCCCUCCACACCAACGUGACCUUUGACCAACGAGACUGUAGUGUCACGCUACUGAAGAACGACCGCGUGCUCCUCAGCCUGCUGGUGGACACCAGGACCCAGAAGAAGCGUGCCACCAACAUUCGUCCCAAGACACCCUUCACCUUUGUCCACACCAAGGAGAAGCGAAAACUGGGUGUCAUCAAGAGCCUGGCUGGGUCUGAGGGCAUCCUGACCUGCGAGGAGCACGGAGAGUUGCCCUUCAACCUCUGCGAGAACUUCAGUGACACAGAGUUUGAUGCCCAAGACGUUAACAAAGAGGUUGAAUUCACCUUAACCCAGGUUGAGGACGAAAAGAGGGCCAUCAGACUCCAUCGGACCAAGAUGGUGGAGGACCGAAUCGAGACGGAGAAGAGAUGGCAAGAGGAGGACAAGAAGAAAAAGAAAGAGGAGAAGGAGUCGAAAGACAAGAAGUGGAAGGAGGCGGCGUCUGUGGGACUUGCUGCCGCCAAGGACAAGUGGACGCUGCUGGGCUUCAACGUGCCCAUUCCUGACAGUCAGCUGGAAAUCAGCAAGGAACGCUUUGACGGUACUAUCCUCAAAGCGGCCAGAACACAGCGCAUGGAAAAGGAGAUCCCGGACGAGCAGGAGAAAAGCAAAGCGGAGGAAACAAAAAUCAAGCAGGAGCCCCAGGAUGAGCUGGGAACAAUUGCAGAGGAAGACGUGAAGAUCAAGCAGGAGCAAACGGACCCCAAACAAGAAGUGGAUGGCCAGGGAAAGACACAAGAGGAGGUCGGGCGGCUGGUGAUGACCGUGGAGGGUCGCCAGAAGCAGCUUUCUUUUGGGCCCGGUGACCUCCUGACCGGCGCCACCAUGUUGACUGGAGACAAGGUGCGCUUCAACGUGGCCGUCAAUCGGGAGACCAAAGAAGAGCGAGCCACUUUGGUGGAAAUCCUUCCCGCCACCUUUGAAGAGUCCACGGAGCAACGGCGACACGGCAUCGUCAUCGAGUUCUCAGAGGAGCACGGCCUCAUCAAGUGCACGCAUAACCCACAACUCUUCUUCUCCUUGUCUGAAGUCAUUGGAAAAAGGAAAUUGCAGUUGAACGAAAAGGUGGAGUUCAGCGUGGUCCCGCAUGACAAUGCGGCGGGCGGCCACCAGGCUAUCAGGAUCAAACACUGCGCCGAGAGUGUUUUCUUACCAGCCAGAAAACUGGUCGCCGCCACCGUCGGCAAAGGGAAGAUGAGCAUCAAGCUGGCAAACUCCUCAGAUGACUCCAAGAAGGAGGCGCCGAGCAGCGACAGGCUGAAGACAGUGGUGAAACAAUUGCGAGCUCAGGACAAGUGGACGGCGAGUCUGCAUCGAGGCUACAGCCGGAGUCCGAGUCCAAGUCCGCCCAAAGACAAGUUUGGACGACAAAUGAAAAGGAGACGCAGCACGAGUCUGGAACGCAAGCAAAAAAGCAGCCGGCAUAGACGAAGCGCCAGUCGGGAACGCCACUACAGGCGUACCAGAAGUCGUAGCAGGAGCGCUAGCUGGGAAAGAGCUGGAGCGAGAAGGAGCAAAGUCAGUGGGGAGCAAGACCAGGGGCACAAGAGGAGGAGGGAGCGCAGUCCUCUUCCCAGGGCUCGUGCAGGACCGGUGGAUGACGAGCUGGCAAGAAAGAAGCGAGAACUGGAGGAGCUCAAUGAUAUGAUUGCCUUCAAGAAGUCGCUGAUGGCUCUCCGGGGCCCGGAGCCCCGACAACGAACGUGCAUAGACUACGACCACGGUCGCAUCGCCAACCCUUUGGCGGAUUUCAUACCUGUCCGCUCCAUUUUGAAGAAACGGCAAGAGGAGCCGGAGAACCCCCACCGUCUUCCACCAACGUACGACAAGCUUUACUCUGGCCGGCCAUACCCACACUUGGCCGAGCGCUAUGCUGAUGGCUAUACUGAUAGCUAUGCUGAUAGAUAUGCUAGCGUUUUUGCCAGUCCUCUGUACGGUGAGCGAGCGUACGACAGCUAUGGUAAAGGUCCGUUUGAGAGCCCUUCCUCUGUUGGCCAGCGUUACAUGGAUCGCUACGACGUUUACGAUGAGCCCUACGAUGAUCCGUACCGUGACCUGACAUCUGCGGACCGACCGCAUCACAGUCCCCAGCCAAAGUGCCAGGCUCCAGAAGAUUGUGCGCCGUCGUCGGCCUCUGUCUCGUGUGCGCCGUGCCAGUCUCCAGAAGAUUGUGCGCCGUUGUCGGCCUCUGUCUCGUGUGCGCCGUCAUCGGCUUUUGUCUCGUCAUCUCUGCAAACGUCCUUCAGACCAUCCUCUCCCACACAACCGCUGUCCAAAAGCCCCUCGCCAGCCUGCGCAAAUACGGCGAAGCCCCCACUCGAUCGCUUUCUUGAUAUGCUUCAGAAGAAGGAGAAUCCUGAAAUAAGAGCAGAACCGGUUCCUGUCAUCGACGAACUUCUGCCACAUGAACGGGCGCUUGAAGAUGGCAAAGACUUCUCUUGGAUUGUUGGUUUGGCUCAAGAAUCUUCUGGCACCCGUGUGGCUGUGCACGAUGAGAAGAAAUCAGCGUCUGUGGAAAGGACUGCUCAGGUGCCCAAGACUGCCCCCUAUCGCCAGAUCCAGACUUUGCUGCGUACGAUUGGCCUGAAGUUGACCACGGAAGACAUGUCGCAGCUGGCCAGCCAUGCCUCGUCGGCCAAGAGAGAGGGGACUUCAACAACAUGGGAAGGAGCCUUGAGACACGGAGGCUCAUUGCUGCAGGCGGACACUGUCCCUUCCCCAUGCCCCACCAGAUCAUCCAGUUCGGAGCCCUCUAGCAAAAAAAAAGGUAUUUCCGAGUAUGAAGAAUUCCUCGAUCAACAAGAGUUGGAGAUGCUCAAAAGGGCUCAAGAGCUGCAAGAUCUUACCAAAACAAUGGGAAGCGCCUCAUCUGCACCCAGACCACCUGCUGGGCCUCCCCCUGCACACUACCGCCAUCCGUCCCCUCCAGUCAACUGGCCGCUGGAGAUUUCCCCCAAAGUUCCUCCUGCUGCCAUGGGCCGUCUUCCCCCUGGACCACCUCCCGGACCGCCUCCUCGACGUCUUCCUGGACAACCUAUUUUCACGGUGGCCUCUAGGGACGCAAAGCCGUCUGUAGCUCCAGCCCUUUGCUCCGCGGACCCGCGCCCCCCUGGAACUGCCACCCGGGGAACCUCGCCAUUGGUGACUGACACCAAGGAUCAGUCCAACAUCUCCACAACAGUGGCCAAAUGCCUGCAGGUCAUUAAAAGCGUCAAGUGUUUGGCUGCGACACCAGCAGCAACGCCACUCAAAUCGGUCCAGUUUAGUUUGCCGUCGGAGUUGCCGUUGGCUUCUGGUCCCGCUGGCUCACUCGAGCAAGUUGGUGUCGUGAAAAGCAAGCAGAAAGAGAAGUUGGAUUUGUACAACCAGAAGCUGGUGGACCUGCAAGAACAGCAGUCCAGGGACGCACAAGGCCACCAGAAACCAGGCAAUGGUGCCAUGAUUGCCUCAGAGCUAAAGCGCGCUUCCUUGACAGACUACAAUGCUGCUCGUUCGGUCACGUGGCUUUUUUAAAGCGAUAUGCGCACCGACACGGGGCUUCGCUCUAUGAGCUCGACACAUGCGCCGACGCAUCGGUGUUGCCGGACCCAUCACUAGUAAUUAUGUUUGGCUGUCGGUUGUCAGCCAUCCAGCUCAAGAUCAUCUGCUGAAGUUGAAUGCAGGGAACCAGACUCUUGUUGGCUCUCAAAGGUGUUUCGCCCUUAAUACAAAAGGUGAGAUGUCUUCAAAAGCAAGGAAGAGUUCAUCGCCUCAUUUCAACUUAGCAGAAAAUCAUAUUGAGCUUCCAAGGUUUUCGUCCCUCGCACCGCACGCUAGUGUUUGAGUACAGAUGUCAAGAAAAGAAGUUAACUGCAAAUGUCUCCGCCAAGUAACUUCUAUGUCUUCAUAAACUUUUGCUAGCAUCUUCCUAGCAUCUUGUGUCAAAACUGCUACCGGCGGUGAGCAGCACUUGCUAAGGCGCACAAACUUACCAUGUCUUGGUAGCGGUCCGCUUGCCAGCAAAUGUUUUCAAUGUCAAGUCAUUGCUUAAGUCAUGGCCCAGGUAGCUAGCUAGCUAGCUAGCUAACCAGCUAGAUAGAUAGAUAGAUAGAUAGAUAGAUAGAUAGAUAGAUAGAUAGAUAGAUAGAUAGAUAGAUAGAUAGAUAGAUAGAUAGAUAGAUAGAUAGAUGUCUCAUUGCUGGCAAAAACUAGUCAUAUUUUGCAGGUGUCCAAUGUUUUUGUCAACUUUUCACAGCCUGCUGGGUCUUUACUUCACGUGCAGGAAUUUUGACCAGCGAGUGUUUUGCUGCUCAACUCCUUUUCUGCGUUGCGUUGAUCGAUGUUGCGUUUCCAGCGUUGUGGUGGUCAGCUUUCAAGGACAUGGCUUGAAGUUGCGUGGCGUGAGAACAAAGACAUUAGGUACAGAGCUCCUGAUAAUGUAAAGUUUACCCGGCAAAAAAAUGCAAUUUUUGUUGGAGCCACAUAUGUAAGCCAUGUUGACAAAAGCUUUCACCCAUGAAAACAUUUCUGCAUCAAGACGUCACUUUGGACAGACUGCCAUGCACGUUGAGACAAGGUGUUAACUGUAGCUUGUUGUCAAAGGCUGUUCUGUUUUGUUUCAACUGUGGUAAGUCUUGGUUCAGAGUCAGGGUAAGUAAAGUCAACAUCUUUGCUAUUCUGACAACAUUUUAAUUUUGACAGCAGCCAAUUUAGCGCACCGUCCUAUCCAUGUUUGUCAGCUAAAAUUAGCCACGUCAUCUCCGUCGGGUUUGGAGCCAGUUCUUUGAAGAGCUUUUCUACUUACCUGAAACAUGUCGUGUGUGUGUGGUGGCAUGCAUGUACAGUAUAGAACCUCAUGUUUA